AUGGUAUUAUUAGCGACAUUAAAGGCGCAGAGUAACAACGUCAACCUGUCCAUCGGGGAGCUUCGCAAAGACGAGGUGUACCCUGUCACUUCCAUGAAGAUCGUAGACACAAAAUUCGGGGUCUUCAACUUGGGGGAGCGUGAACGUCUUCCUGCCAAAGGUGAUUUUGAACUUGGUGCUCAUAUUGCUGCUAAAGAAGUAUUUCCUUUAAUUAUUAUUAAAGCCUGUCGUUUCCAUCUUGGUCAAGCAUGGUACAGAAAAAUCAGUUCCAUUCCAAUAUUAAAAAAAAACUACGACGAUAAAAAUUCACAAUCUGGACUAUGGUUAAAACUUUUUUUUGGUUUGCCUUAUUUACCAUCACAUAUGAUUUCUGAUGCGUUUAUUGAGAUAAUGGCUACUUGUCCAGAAGAAAAACAAUAUUAUGAUUUUGCUGAUUACAUAUUGGAUUAUUAUAUUGAGACUAAUAAUUUUUCACCAAUGUUGUGGGCAGAAAAGCCCAAUAAAAUUACAAGAACGACAAACGGUGCAGAAAGUUACCAUAGUCAACUUAGGCAUGAAUUCUAUGUUCCACAUCCUACUAUAUUUCAUUCAAUAGAUGUGUUAAAAGAACAACAAAUAAUUACUGAAACCAAAUUUCGCCUCAUACGAAACGUCAACGUGAACCGUACACGCAAAGUAUGCAGGGAGAAAGAAAAAUUUAUUUUAAAAUUAUAUGAUCGUUUCAUUAACAACGUAAUUAGCUUGAUUGAUUAUUUAAAAACAUUAGGAUGUAUACAAGGGAAAAAUAUAUCAGAGAACGUAGGAAUUCAAUCGAAAAAUAUUUUAAAUUCUGAUUAG